AUGGCCCAACCUGGAGUUAAUGCUCCCCCUCAGUCCAAAGCCCCCCCUGCCCAGUGGAAUGACGCUGAGACCGCAGCCCUUGUGGACUAUCUAUAUGAUCAUCGCUCAGAGGCUGAAGGGGCAGGCAACUUCAAGCAACAGGUUCUUAGCUCUGCUGCAGAGUACAUCAACAACCAUGAGGCACUUCAAUCCACUCGGGCAGGCCCACUGAAGACAGCUAAAUCCACUCGAAACAAGUGGACUUCACUCAAAACCACUUUUCAUGCCAUUGAGAAGUAUCGCAAUCAGACAGGGGUCCACUGGGACAAUGAGACUGGAGGUGGAAUUGAAGGACCUUCGGCUGCGACUGUAUGGACAUCGUAUAUCAAGGUAUUUCCCCUCGUUUUUAUAUUUAUUUGA